AUGGAAAAUUUGCCACAGCAUUGUUUGGACAACGCCAUAUUGUUAAGACCAUACGAUUAUAUAGAUCUCAAAAUGAUAUCGAGCGGAUUCAAAACACGAUUGAAAUUGAGUCAAAUCCCGGAUUUUUAUACGAUAAAUAACAAAGAAUAUUUUGCUGCAGAAAUAAAGACUGAAGGAUUUAAAGUAAGCACUGCUGCUCUAGCAACGGAGAAUGUUUUGAAUAUUAAAUUACAAGAAUUGGGUGGUCGACGUCACGUUAGAAAUAUUAACUUUCUCAUUCCAACGGAAGCAAAUGCAAAAAUUGCAUCCAUUGAAGUAUUCGAUGAUAAUACCAUUUUUAUGAGAGUACCACUCAUCUGCAAUUUUUAA